CAAUGCCACCCAGAUCUCAUUCUUCUUAAAUCCAAGCUUCAAUAUAUUUUUACUUCUCCUUUUAAAUUUCAAUUUCUCAGAUCAACUAAAGAUGAGGAGGAACUGCAAUCUUGAACUCCGCCUAUUUCCCACCUCCGAUCAAGACCACCACCGCCAAACGGAGGCGUCAAAUGAAGAACAACGACAAGAGCAGCAGAUAACGAUGUUCUACAAUGGAAGCGUUUGCGUUGCCGAUGUUACAGAGCUGCAGGCGAGAGCUAUUCUGAUGUUGGCAAGCAGAACAAUGGAGGAUAAUAUGAGAAUAAACUCAAGUGGAUCUUCGUCUUCCUCGUCGUCGUCGGGACAACUUGUAUCGCCAACAUUGGCAUCUCCUCUGCCGGUUUAUAGCCCCAAUAAUAAUGGUUUAUCGAUGAAGAUGUCACUGCAAAGUUUCCUUCAGAAGAGAAAUCAUCGAAUUCAAACAACUUACCCCUACAACAUUAACCGGCGGCCUCAUGCAUGCAGGGUCGACCAUUGAUCGCUAGCUAGGGACUUCGUCAUUUUUAUCAGUUAGUAUUAUUAGUUAAUUUGCGCUUCAUGGCAUGCAACCAUAGGAUGGACGCUUGUAAAUUUUGCAUUUUCAAUUUAUAUAUAUCUACGUCAUGGUUUCAUA